CUCGGAAUCGGGUGGUGCGGUUUUCUGGUCAUACGGAAUAAAUCGCAAAUUUGCGGAAUCGACGAAUCGAAACUGACGUGAAAAGUUGGCGCGUUUUUAUUGCCAGUUGGCCUGACGACUUGAGCUCGAAAAAAAAGUAUAAAAUAAAAAAAAAAUGGCUCAUCAUUCUCUACGGGCAAGUGAAAUGAAAUGUGCGCAUCGCAUCCGCUCGUCCCGGGUUUCAUCAUAACGUGACAACAAUUUUGAUUUGGCAGUGCGGCUCCUUGGUAUAUGUGGUCAGCAACUUUGACUAAUGAAUAAAAGUAGACCGAGACAGUCAGCAAAAUAACUUGUUAAGGAGCCCAGCCCAGUGAGCAUUCAAAGCGAAAAGUUCUUCCAAGGAGGGAAGAGUCCUUGCCAAAAAGGAAAUAUACACGUUGCCAAGAUGCUUUUGGCCCACUUGAGCUGGCUUUUGGCCUGUUUCAGCCUCGCCCAGGCGCGAAUUGGCUACUUUUGGCAUAUCAGUGACCUGCAUUUGGACACCCUCUACUCCACCCAGGGUGACAUCUACCGGAGUUGCUGGCAGUUGGCUCGAUCCGUGUCGGGAGUCACCUCGAAUGCCAUUUCCGAGCCGCCCGGCCCUUUCGGCCACUACAACUGCGACAGCCCGUGGAGCCUCAUUGAAUCCGCCAUUAAGACGAUGAAGGCCAAGCAGGGCGACAAUGUGGAGUUUGUCCUUUGGACCGGCGAUGCCCUGUCCCAUUCCGCUCAGCCACUUUCGGAGCAGAAACAGCACGAAAUUCUGCGGAAUAUCACCGAAAUGCUGGGACGCAGCUUCUCCUCGCAGUUCAUAUUUCCGGUGUUGGGCCACGAAGACGGCAAUGGCAGCUACCGGCGCCUGGGGGAGUUGUGGCGCCACUGGCUGCCAUCGGAGGCGCUGGUGACCUUUGAUCUGGGCGGCUACUAUUCCAUCGAGCAGACCAAAAGUCGUCUGCGCAUCGUAGCCCUCAAUACGAACUUUAUGCGAAUGGAUCCCGAUCCAGAUCCACGGGCUUCCUUGAGCCUGCGUUGGCCGGCGGAGUACUUUGCGGAACCCAAGGCCUCAGUCAGCUCGAACACCGCCCAGGAUGAGGUGCUGGCCGAACAGCAGUGGUUGUGGCUGGAAGAGGUUCUGACCAAGUCCAGGGAUAAACAGGAAACGGUCUACAUAGUGGGCCACAUGCCGCCGGGCGUGGACGAACGCCAUCUGGGCCCCCAACACAAUCAGAUAAUCUUCACGGAGCGCAACAAUCGCCGCUACCUGGAGAUGGUCCGGAAAUUUGCUCCCGUCAUCCAGGGUCAGUUUUUCGGCCACCUGCACUCGGACACCUUCCGACUGAUCUAUGAUGCCAAAGGCAAUCCCAUUUCGUGGCUGAUGAUUGCCCCCUCGAUUGUGCCCCGGAAAGCGGGAAUCGGCUCGUCCAACAAUCCCGCCCUGCGGCUCUACAAGUUCGACACUGGAAGCGGCCAGGUGCUGGACUACACCCAGUUCUGGCUGGAUCUGCCGCUGGCCAACCGUGCCCAUGAGCCGCUCUGGCAGCCGGAGUACAAUCUGACCCACUACUAUGCCCUGCCAGAGAUCUCUGCCGGGGCGCUGCACAAUUUUGCCGAGCGUUUUACGGGCACCGACCCCUCCUGGUUCACCAGAUACCACCGCGCCAAUGCCGUGCGAUUUCAGUCCGGAACGGCCUGCCAGGGCCUCUGCAUGCUCAAUCAUUACUGCGCCAUCACGCGCCUGGACUACGACGAGUUCCGGCUCUGCCUGGAGAAGGAGCAGUUGCCGCUGCAGAGCCACGCCCCCCCAGCCCUUACAGCUGCCGGGUCCCGGACAUGGCUGUUGGCCGGGCUGGUGGUUUUUUAUGGCCUGUGCAGGCGAUGCAACAAUUGCCACAACCAGCGAAUUUAAGCGUUCUCGUUUAAGGGGAGCCAUAUCAGCGUGGGGAUGAGCCCCAGGAUGUCGGGACACUC